AUGACGACUGAUCCGCCUACCGAACAGGUCUUACCUAGAUUCCUCGUGACUCAGCCGCAGAGACGAUCAACAGAGGAACAAGAGAGGAUAAGGGAUGAUAGAAGACUGGCCAACGAGAGGGUAUGGGAAAGUAGGAGGGAAUUGGAAAGUAUGGGAAUAACGGAUAGACCUAGUGCCCCCAGAUCUAGGGCAAAUCCACCUCAACCGAGACAAAGAGAUAGAGGUAGAUUGACUUCAACUUCGAGCUCGGGCUUGGGAUUGGGAUUGGGACUCGAACCUGCUCUAGGCGUUGAAGCUGUCACACCAACUCAAGGUAUAUCGAUGGCUGAUUUGGAGAAUGGUAUGGAAGGUGUUAUGAGAGCUCUGAUCAUUGAUUCCGAUUCGGAAGAUGAAACCACCGAUGAUAGCGAGAGCGACAAUUUGAGCGAGAGCGGGAGUGGCAGUGGGGAAGGAACGGUAUUUGAAGGUGAGGGUGAGAGAGUUGAAAGAGGGAGCAAUCAUGGUCAAUCAACGAACAAUACUCGUGCUGCCGAUCCUAUCAAUACUAUAAUCGAUCAGAUAAUUCCACCUAAAGAGUCUUUCGAUACGGAUUUACAUCUCUGGCCGAGUCAUUAUAAUCUGGUGAGCGCUGGAAUCUAG